UAGGUAUAGCAAAAGGUGCUAUAAACAUUUUAGAAAAACCAACUAAUGCAGUUUUAACUACGUUGAGUACUGCCGCAAAAUUGCAUCAUUUAGAACAUAUUGCCAUUGGUACUUUGCCUGUUUUAGGCAAGACUUUCCAUAUAACUGAGAAGAGUUUUCAGUUUGUUUACAAUGUGCUGGGAUUAACAGGGAGAACUAUACCAACUUUAAUGAAGGACUUCGCCAAAAUAUCAGGAAUUUUAUCUAUGGCAUUCGUAGUGGCGGAUAUAUCUUUGCUCAUUAAAGAUCUGUCCUCAGAACAUCCCUCAGUAGAAAUCAUUGAUAAGGGACUCAAACAGUUAGAGGAUGAAAAAAAUAUUUUGGAAGAUCUUUUGGACAUAAUUGUGGCAGCUGGAGGCUGUAAAGAACAUGUCUUAGAAAAGGCUUUGAAAGAUAUGGGAAUGAUAGAAGACGAAGAAUUAUUACUCAAAGAUUUCGUGGUUAUUAAUGAUGAAGAAUUUCACGAAAAAGCUGGAAUUAAUGCACAGUGAUAUAUUUUUUAAAAAAUAUCUUGUAAAUAUUUUUUUUACCUAAUAGAUUGCACAAAUCUCAAGUAAAAAGACAAGAAAUAUAUUUAUUUUUAAGUACCUAGACCUAGAAUGAUUUAAAUAAAAUAUACAUUAAUAUACCCCUAAGAAAAAAUGCUUUAAUUAAAAUAUUUUAGGGUCAA